AUGGAGGUUCAUGGUGAUAAGGGAGUGAGUAGUAAGGUUAGCCGUUGGGUUUUUCCUCAGGAUUUUGUCUUUGGGACUGCUUCUUCUGCUUAUCAGUAUGAAGGUGCUGCACAUGAAGGUGGUAGAGGGCCAAGCACAUGGGAUCAUUUCACCCAGAGAACACCUGGUAAGGUGAAGAAUGGUUGCAAUGGGAACGUCGCUAUCGAUUCUUAUCAUCGUUUCAAGGAAGAUGUGGGGAUUAUGAAGAAAAUGGGUUUUGAUGCCUACAGGUUCUCUAUUUCUUGGCCUAGAAUAUUGCCAGGUGGAAAACUAAGCGGAGGCGUGAACAAAGAAGGAAUCAAAUACUAUAACGACCUUAUCGACGAGCUCCUAGCCAAGGGCAAGAUUGGGAUUACACUUGUGUCACAAUGGUGGGAGCCUCUUGAUGAAGACAAUGAUCAGGAUGUUGAAGCUGCAUUUCGAGCCCAAGAUUUUAUGUUUGGAUGGUUUAUGGAGCCACUAAUAACUGGUGAUUAUCCAGCAAAAAUGAAGAAACUAGUUGGUUGUCGUCUUCCUGAGUUCUCACCUGAACAGUCCAAGUUGGUAAAGGGAUCAUAUGAUUUUCUAGGAUUGAACUACUACACUGCUAGUUAUGCAUUCAAUGUUGCACCCGAUCCUCAUAAGAAAACUUAUAGCUACUCCACAGAUUCUCAUAUUGAAUUUACAGCGGAGCGGAAUGGUAUACCCAUUGGUCCAAAGGGUGGUUCAGAUAAGCUCUAUGGUUAUCCCGAAGGACUUUCUAAGCUGCUUCUCUAUAUAAAGAAGGCGUACAAUAAGUACGGUACUCUUCCACCUAUUUACAUCACCGAGAAUGGUUAUGAUGAAAAAGAUAACUCUAGCCUAACUCUCUCGGAAGCUCUUGUUGAUCAAAUGAGGAUAGAUUACCACAAUGACCAUCUUUUUUAUAUUCAGCAAGCAGUGAAAUACCCAAAAGAAUCAGCCAUAUGGUUCGCGAAUUUUCUUCGAAAGGUUACACAAACAAAAGCCUCAAACAAGCCACGUCUUGAUCAACAAAGGCAAGAGAAGGAGUGA